AUGACCCGCACGGCUCGCGCAGCGUAUCCUCGUGCUGUGAUCCACGACCGUCAUGAUUCUCGUUCCGGCCUAGACACCAGCCUGCGCAAGUCCGGCGCCGGCCAGCACAACUGGGGCAGCAUUGCCAACGAGCGCGAGCUCGAGAGCGCUGCCUUCGAGGACGAGAUACACGACGAGGAGGAAGUCGUCGAGGCCGCCACCGAGAACAUUUCGUCCAGCCCUACCUCCUCGGAAGGGGGCAAGCCCGAGAUCACUCGCAGCACCAGCAGCCUCUCGGAUGACGAGCUCGAGAAGGCGCGUCAGUUCAGGAAGAAUGCUUUCAAGAAGACUGGUGAGAUCGACUUGACGGCCAUCGCGCGCACUUCCGCGGCUGUGUCCACCUCUCCCCCUCUCCGUGACGACAAGAUUACCCGCUCCACCUCUGCCGGUCUCUAA